AGCAAAUAGCUCAUUACGUUUUAGUUAGUCGUACGAAUUGUUUCUUAUUUGUGAAAGCUCGUCGAACAGAAGCAAAUUUCGCUUUAACCUUUUGAAAAAUAAAGGAAAAAGUUCGUAAAAAGCGAAAGAGCCCAUCGAAACCAACACGAAGAAGGAGUUCAAUAAAGAUUGCUUUCCGCAGAUCAUAUAAGAAAAUGGUUGCCGAUAAUAUCGAUGCCGGAGUGGCCAUUGCCGUCGCCGAUCAAUCCUCAUCGUCUGUGGGCGUUAAGGAGGAACUGCCGGCCGGCAAUUACAUCCUGGUGGGCGUGGACAUCGACACCACUGGACGUCGUCUAAUGGAUGAGAUCGUCCAGCUGGCCGCCUAUACACCCACCGACCACUUUGAGCAGUACAUCAUGCCAUAUAUGAAUCUGAAUCCAGCUGCGCGCCAGCGCCAUCAAGUUCGUGUUAUUUCGAUUGGCUUUUAUCGUAUGCUGAAGUCGAUGCAGACUUACAAGAUCAUCAAAUCCAAGUCUGAGAUCGCUGCCCUCAAGGACUUCCUCAACUGGCUUGAGCAACUGAAGGCCAAGGCGGGUCCCAGCUCGGACGGGAUUGUGCUUAUUUAUCAUGAAGAGCGCAAGUUCAUUCCCUACAUGAUCCUGGAGUCGUUGAAGAAGUACGGCCUGCUGGAGCGCUUCACCAAGUCGGUGAAGUCCUUUGCAAAUGGCAUCAACCUGGCCAAGGCUUCUAUAGGCGAUGCCAACGUCAAGCACUACAGUUUGCGCAAGCUUUCCAAGAUCUUGUCCGGCUUCAAGGAGGACGACGCGGCUUGCUCUGCGUCCACAUCCGGAUCGGGAUCCGGAUCUAGUACGGUGUCUGAUUCGGCAUCGAUAUCUCCCAGGGAGAGCACCGUGAUCGAUGGAAGCGACAAGCAAUCUGGCAAGAACGGCGUUCAGGUCGAACGAGAACUGUUUGAUGGCAAUGCCAGUGUUCGUGCCAAAUUGGCCUUCGAUGUGGCCCUUCAGCUGAGCAACUCGGAACGUAAGCCGGAACCGAAAUGCUCGGAGGCAAUGGAGAAUAUGUUCAAUGCCAUACGGCCAUUUGCCAGGUUGGUGGGCUCCGAUGUCCAGGAGCUGGAUACGCAGAACGAGAAUUUGGAGCGCCAGAACUCCUUCCGUCCGGUGUUCCUCAACUACUUUAAGACCACUCUGUACCAUCGAGUGCGUGCCGUGAAGUUCCGCAUUGUGCUGGCGGAGAAUGGCUUCGAUUUGAACACGCUAAGUGCCGUAUGGGCAGACAAGGGCACCGAGGGCCUGGACAUGGCCCUGCAGUCUAUUGGCAGGCUGAAGAGCGAGGACAAGACUGAGCUGCUUGAGCUUCUGGACAGCUAUUUUGAUCCCAAGAAGACCACAUUAAAGCCGGUUGUCAAGGCUAACAGCAACAACAAUCGUCGCCGCAAUCGUCGCGGCGCCGGCCAGUCGGCCAAGAACGCCAUGUCAUCCAGUUCCCGAUCGGCUAGUGCCGAGUUUGGAGCAGGAGGUGACAAGUCGCGUAGUGUGUCCUCUGUGCCAGACUCCACUACCAAGACUCCAUCACCAAACAAGUCUCGUACGCAGCGUAAGCGCAACUCGCGUCAUAGCUUGGGGGCGACCCCUAAUGGACUAAAGGGGGCGGCUGAUAUAUCCUCCUCCGGCAAGUCUGAGCUCAACAAUACCGCUCCACCUGCCGUAACCGUAACCCCGGUCGUGGCACAACCCCCACCAACACCGGUGGCCAUCACGGCCUCCAACUAAAAUCCAGCUCUGGUGGAUCCGUAAAUAUAUCGAAAAAUGGAUGAUCAAAACACAAAAAGACAAGGGCAGGAAUGGAUAUUUAAAAAACAACACGAACUUUUUUCCUUUUUGAAGAUCUAGUGCAGACAAGCUUAAAAUUCCAGUGGAAGCAAAUUUCCAGUGAACACAACUCGCACACACAACUCACGAGCACGUCAGUGUAUCGAUAGUGUGAAAGAACCGUAACUGUGACGUAAACAGUGACUGUUGAAUAGUGAUGACACAGCUUUAAUUACCAUUUUUGAAACGAGUGAAUUGUUAAUCGAGACGUUAGAAAACCACACUGAGCAGCAUAGGGAGGAUGCUGCGACCACUGUCAACUCAAGAAACUAUAUGCAAGAAAUAAUGAUGGAGAAGAAGAAUAAGGAUACAAUUAAAGAACUCGCUGCUGCGUUUAGGCAUAGUUUUCCAUGCGAACCGAUGCACAAAGUCGCACCAAAAAGAGCGAUUGGAAAAAUAUGAUCCAAAGAAACGCCUUGAUGAAAAUUUUCCAUUGGACAGGCCUGUCGAACCACACUAUCAGAACUCUAUAAAUAUAACCCAAGACAUAUCCAGGCCAUGUCCAAUGUAGAAAACUUUCACAUUGAAGCUUAAAAAAAGGGCAUGAAUAUACAAAAUACACAAAUUUAAUACAGUUAAAACCGCACGCACGCACACGCACGCACGAAACAUAUUCUAGGGUAUUGCAUUGCAAAAUCACAAAACGAUAAUAAGGGGUGGGUAAUCUAAUUUACUAUUUCAAGCUGUAUUUCAUAUAUGUUUCAUAUUUACAAUCAAAAAGCAAAUGUAAUAUCUGGAAAAACGCGCGAAUAAACGAACGAUAUUAAAUAA